AUGAAGGUGGUGAAGGGUCUGGAGCACAAGGCUUCUAAGGAGCAACUGAGGAAACUGGGACUGUCUAGGCUGGAGGAAAGAAGGCUGAGGGGAGAUCUUGUUGCUUCCUACAGCAAGGAGGUUAGGGGUGGCACUUGGCGGCCCCGGGCGCAGGGGCCGUGGCAGUUUGGCGCAGGAAGGCUGCCCGUAGCCCGGCUCUGCCGGUGGAACGCCGCCGAUAGCUCCGCUGCUGCCCGCCCGCGGAGAACUACAGCGCCCGUCGGCCCCUGCGCGCCGCCCCCACCUUUCCCGCCUCUCGCCGCUAUCUCCUGUCAGCCAGGAGCCGGUCCCGGCGCGCCCGAGCGGGGCUGCCGCAGGCAAAGAAGCUGCUGCGGGUGCCGGCCGCCCUCAGAAGGACGGCAGCGGAGUGGAGCCGGGUGGCCUUGUCCCGGGCCCCGUUCCUGUCCCUGUCCUGUGCGUGCGAGCGGCGUCUCCGCAUCUUCGCUGCCCCGUCCCGUCCGGUCCCGUCGCCGCCGCGGCGGGGCGGCUCAUGAUCUGAAGAUGGUGAUCCGCGUAUUCGUCGCCUCCUCCUCGGGCUCGGUGGCGAUAAAGAAGAGGCAACAAGAUGUGGUGAGGUUUCUAGAAGCCAAUCGCAUCGAUUUUGAAGAAGUGGACAUCACAAUGUCAGAGGAGAAAAGGCAAUGGAUGUAUAAAAACAUUCCUGAGGAUAAGCAGCCCGCGGAAGGCAACCCACUGCCGCCACAGAUAUUCAGUGAUGAUCGGUACUGUGGAGAUUACGAUAGCUUUUUUGAAUCAAAGGAGAGCAACACUGUCUUCUCCUUUCUUGGACUGAAACCUACUUUGUCAUCAAAGGAGUCAGAACCCUAGAAAGCCUACUUGAAGUGUUGACAAGCACAUCUCCUGGAUGAAUAACUGUUCCUCAGCACACAACAGCUUCCCUAAAGGAUCACUGUGAUAGAGCAAACAUACAUCAUUAGUAGUAGUCUGCUUGGUGCUCUCCCAUGAUGUGGAGUUAAUAACACACACAUGAAAUAGGGUUAAGGCUGGGCUACUCAUCUUCCUUUUUAAAACCACUCAUUGUUGAUGUUUCACUUUUGUCUUCGGGUUGCUUUGGCAGCUGGCACUCACAUUCUGACAGAUGUGUAGGUUUGAGAGUAAGGAGUGGAAGUAUUUGGCUUCUGUCCUUCACAGAUGUACUUUUGUAGUCAGAUUCCUUACCUUUUUUAAUUCUCCUAGCCACUGUAUUUGAAAUUAGCUCCUUGUGAUAGUUAAAGUGCUGAUGGUUAUUAGAGUGUUUGUGCUGGCUGUGAUCCAGAAGGUAAAACUCAUCAAUCUUAAGCUCUCAGUCUAAGCCAAUAGCUGCUGUGUUUUUGCUCUACCUUUAUUGCCAUGUUUGUACUAGAUCAUAUUCCUUACAAGAGACAUGGGCUGCUAAACUUGUUCAUGAGAACUUGACUUGUCUAGUGAUGCACAUUGCAACUUGCUGUUUAAAAACAGUUAUUAUGGAGGAGGUGCCAAAGUGAAAGAUUUUAAUGUGGUUCCUGCUCCAAAUGCUGUGCAGGAAAACUCUUGGUGGAAAAUACUAGGUAGUUCAGAAGCAGAGAUCUCAUAGCUAAUGAGCUAAUUGUCUCUUAACUGAGGAAGACUUAACACUCAAAGUUGGAGAUCUGUGGUUGGACUGUCUUAAAACUGAAAUUUGCCAAAAGCUUGGGUUUACCUUCAGUAACACACAGCUCCACCGUUAGCCACAUGAGAGUCAGGGGGAUACUUGGAGAGCCAGGACUCAGUCCCACAGAUGGCUAAAUACUCUAUCAUGGUCCAAGAGCACACCUAACUUACCCAGUUGUUGUUCUGGUUAUAUCCCCAGGUGUGGAAUGUGAAGGUGCCUCAAAGACAGUGAGUAUGUGCUUUGCUGGAUGAGGCCACAAUGGCCAUCUCAGCAGAGGGACAAGAGCCAAGUAAGGGAAGUGGAGAUCGUUUCAGUGGGAGUGCAUUGAUGCACAUGGCAGAGCUUGCCAAUAAUCAUUACAAAAUGCAUUCUAGACAGAAGUCAAAUUGUGUUAUGCAUUUUGAAUCAAGUCUGGCUAUGAGAAUAACAACCAUGCUGUAAUGCAGCUUUUACUCCAGUGAUUUCAUAAUGACAGGGUAGUGCUGUGCCCAUAAAUGUCCUUAUGUCUUUGGGUGAGUGAGAGACAACCGUUCUGCGGGAAAGCUGCCUUGCAGUCACACCAUCACCCAGACUGGCUCAAAGGAAGCCAAAUCUGUAAGAGGUGUCAGAAAGCAGCACUGUCUGUGCUACUAGUGGCAUGUUCUGCUAAACUCAGUAACCAUGGCAUAUGAGACAAGCUGGUUGGAAGGGGUAGCAGAAGGUCAUCUGGUCCAGUGCAGUCACCAUGAGAGCUAACACCAGCUCUAGCUCAUGUCAGCCAUGGGUUUGUCUACCAGAGUAUUAAAAAUAUCCAAAGAUGAAGAUCUCAUAACUCUGUAGGUAACCUGUGCCAUUGCUGUGGUGCUCUCCUAGUGAAAACUUUCAUUUGAUGUCCAGUUUCUACUCCUGGGCUGUAAUUUGUGGCUGUAGCCUUUGCUACAUACAUUUUGUGGCACUCACAGGAAGUGACUGGCACCAUCCUUUACCUAACUACCAUCAAGAUAGUUGUAGGCUACCAUUAGAUCACCUCUUAGCCACCUUCUUACCAAACUAAACAAAUCUGGCUUCUUCAGCCUCUCUUCACAAACUGUGUGCUUUAGGCCUCUGGUUGCUGUGGUGGAGGGCUGCUCUUCCCAGUUUGUGCACAUCCCUCUGGAACUAGGAGAAGACCCUAAAUACUUUGGAUGUGGCUUCAUCAGGGCUGAAUAAAGGGGGAUAAUAACUUUCCUCAGCCCUCAGGCCACUCUCCUCCUGAAGCAGCACACUGGAUGCUUUCCCCUGACACUGACUGAAGCUCUGCCAGCUAUUCCCAAACACUGAACCAGAUUCAGGUGUUCUUUAUAGGUCUGCUAAGGGUGCAUGGCAGGUCAUCAUCUGAGUCUCUGCUGAAGAUGCUGAACAAUGGAAGAACUGUAGCCUCUCAGAUUUUGAACAGUGGCUUACUCAAAGCUGCAGAGGUACAACAUGAACAGUGCUCAUGACUACCAGUUGCUAGAGUGGAGGACAGGUUAGCUUCCUGUUUGUGCUGUCACAGCUACAAACUUCUUACAGCUGCAUGGCUUUUCUCUCUAGUACAAACACAAAAAAGCUUUAAAAUUUGGGAUGUUGAAGGAGUCCUUCUGUAAAUGAGUUUGUCUUUGGUGUUCUGGUGCUUCUUCAGCUUAGUUAAAGGGCUAAAUGGAGCAGAAGUACACACAGAUUUUAAGCCCAUGGUUGUAGUUACUGUAGUUACUGACAGUGGUAAAAUACUGGAAUGGGCUACCCAGGAAUGUGGUUGAGGCCUCAUCCCUGAAGACAUUCAAGAUCAGAUUGGAUGUGGUCCUGGGCAACCUCAUCUGGUUGGAAGUGUUCUUACUGAGUGCAGGGGGUUUGGACAAGGUGACCUUUGAGGGUCCCUUCCAACCCAAUGCAGUCUGUGAGUCUGUAUUUAUAGCACCUUCUCUACAGGGAUUCCAAAUGAGAGUAGAUAACCUACAUGUAUAUCUGUAAGAAUUCUGUUGCCUGUGGUAAGUUAUGGUGACAUUUUGUCACAAAUCCCAUAUAUUUAUGAGACCUGAACCUCACUGUAGGAAGAGAAUGUGACAUGAGGUGGAGCUAUACAUUGUUGACUUCACAAAGUUCAACAUAAUUACUCCUAAAAAGAAAAAAAAGUUAAAGUAUUUAACUUUACAAAUGAAUAGCUACGAAUUUACACCAUUACUCACUUGCUUACAGAGAAGCCAUCCUGGAUUUAUCACAUACUUGAGAUGUUGUAAACUUUGAGAACUGCCUGAAGUCCCACUUCCUCUAAACUUCCCUCAGUAUCUAAGUAUAUCCACAGGAGUAAUCCUGGGUGAAAUCCCAGGCUUACUGCUGUGAAAGGCAAAACCCCGCUGAUUUCUCCAGGGAUGAAGUUAGUUUUCACAGGACUCCUCUUGAUUUUUGUUAACUGUAGAAUAGAAGCCUCCUUGCUGAGUGGAGAGCUGGUCCUGUUAAAGCUGUUAGGUAAACCUAGCUUAUUGCAGAGCACGUAUGUGGGCAUAAUCAGUUGUCUGGAGGACGACACUAGCUCCAAAGAGAACCCUGCUUUGCCUGUGUGGAUUGACAGUGUAAGUCCCUUGGAAAACGUGGUUUUGAUUUAUAAAUGGGUAGUAGAAAAAAAUGUUGCUUGAAUGUGAAUCUGGUCUGUUGUGUGACAGCCUUAUUUUUGUAAUCAAAGCCAGCAGAGUUCUAGUUUGUUACACUUGAUGAUCUGGAGUUUUUUUAAGCAGUUUUGUAAUGAUGAAACCUAGCUGCCAGGUAACCCAAAAAGGUUGGUGGAAACUAGAGCCAUUGACUGAAAGAAAUAGCAAAUUCUUAGCUCUGCUUGAAAAAAAAAAUGGGUGUACAAAGGUGUGCUUGAGAACCAAAUGAUCCCAAUUUGUAGCUGACACUUGUGGCUAACCCACUUUUUAAAAGGCAGAGCAGUGUGGAUUUAACUGUACCUCUUUGUUCCUAGCUGAAGUUGCUGUGUGGGCUGAGGUGCACACGCACGUUCACUGUAUCAGUGGCUUUGUUAGAGGUGGUUUUGUCUGUGCCACACACCACUGGAUAGUGCCUUGCCAGAAAGAGGACUGUUUCUGUAGGGUCUUCUUAGAUGUGCUGAAACUUUGAACUGAGAAAUGGGUACUUUCUCUAUAGCUAUUUUUCUAAUGAUGCAGGAAAUGGGUCUCGAGGUCUGAUUCAUGCAUGCCAUGUAAAGUUGAAGCAGUUUCUGAUGAGUCUUCUGAACUUGAGUUGUCUCAGUGUGGCUUUCUCUUCCUUUUUUCCGUUUUGUUGAGUGUUUAGAACCAAACCUUCUAAGGGGAGUGCACCUGCAGUAAAGCCCCUAAAUGCAUGUUUACACUUGAAAAUAAUAGUCUGAUGUAAGUGUUUAACAGUCCAAGUGCUGUCUAUGAAAUGGAGUUGCCAAGCUCCUAGUGGAUUUCUUGGUAGUUCUUCCCUUCCCUGUCUCUCCACUUCUUUAACCAAUCCAGUUCUGGGAAUACCAUGAUUUGGAAGCAGACCACUGAGAUUUUAGGCAGUGCCUUGUGGCACUUCACAGGACUGCAAGAGUGGGGUCAUCAACCUGGGAAGUGCCAAAUCUCAUGAGUCAUCAGUGACUUGUCUACUGAUUUCACUAGACCUUGGUCUCAGCAGUGGGGGGAGGAGGAGGGAGCAGGUUCGCUCUGUACUGGAAGCAGGAGUAGAAGACAGUGCAGAAUGGCCCACGGCUUGUUGAUGGCACCCUGAGAGGCCCUUGGCUGGCAGUGCUGUAUGUGAAACCACACUGUGCUGCUCUCCAUUGGACUCAGCUGCAUCAUGGCCUGUCCUUUACCCUCUUGCUUCCUAAGGAAUCUGAGAGGGGAAAUGGAGAACAGCCUCUUGAGAGCAGCCCUUCAGCCAGGUCAGGGCUGGCUUACUCCCUUCUUCUUGUUCUUUACCUCUUCCUAAUGUGCUUUGUCCUGUCCUGUGUAGACCUAUCUGCGUGCAAAGCUUCCACUCCUGACCCUCUGUAAGGUCCCUGUGAGGUGUCAAACACAGAGCUGGUGUUCACCAUCAUGGUGUCUAUGUUUUCUGACUUGGUGGGGGAGGGAGUACGUUGCAUCCUAGGCUGUGGAGUUGUAAAUGAUAGAUUAAAACCGUGUUCAUCUAAUAAAAAAUGUAAUUAAAGAAAAAAAAAAA